AUGGCGACCGAAGAGGGCCCGACUCUUGCGGCUCUGAAGUCAUGGAAAUCAUCAUUGAGUCCUCUCAGAGUCGAUAUCGUCGGUGACUUCGCCGGGAAGGAGCUCUUCGCCAUCCAUGGCGAGUCGCUCGUUGCCCACUGCGUUGUGCAGGCCAAAGCCGACUUCAAAGAUGGCUUUCAACUACUCCACGCGGUUCAUGCCGUCGAGACAUUCCUCAGCAAGCUGCAGGAGCGCGGUUGCAACUUCCAUGUCCUCUGGUUCGACAGCCAAGAGCAGCUUUGCGUGCCGCACGAUGUUCUCGAGAAAAACCGACACAAGUACCUGUUGACGCGUGCCGUUCUCAUGGAGCAUCUGCGCACUCCGAAGCCCCGCGAGCAAAAGACCAGAAAUCCUUGGACGGAAGAUUCGUCAGACGAUUCGUGGGAUGCUUCGACGGAUCCUCCAACGGACCCCAUCAGGAAUGGAACACCCAUGAGCUUUGUUUUCUCUACCAUCCAAAGCAAGGAAUUCGAAGAGUACAUGGAGAAGAACUGUCUUCACUUCGUGAUGUGUUCUCAGGGAAGCGACUUCGACUCGACGCCUGAGGUGAACGACGGCGUCGGUAGCGGCAAUCACCUCAAGGCCAUGCGUUUGUUCGCCGACCAGGGACACAACCUCGCAUUCAUGGAUGAUAUUGAGUUCCGGAGUUCCAAGGUCUACACUCAUGUCGUCACGUCGGCGCGUUCCGAAGAUCCCAUCGAAGUGACUGAACCCGCGCCCCGCAGCAUCACGACUGAUGGGUGGGUCGAGUUUGCAUCGAAAAUCGACGACUGGUCGGAACUCGAACCUGUUCAUCUCAAUGAUACCACGGAAGUCAGGGUGCGAGAUGUGAUCGCUUUUGUUGCGUGUGCCACUUUGUACUCGGCGAAGCCCGACGCUGCUACUGAGCAGUGUGUUACUGCUUUUCUUAUCCACAUUGAACUUCUUGAACACACUGAGCUGGCUCAACGAUCCUGUGGUCCGCUCGAGGAGAGCAUCCUGGAUGAUGUCGCUUCGUUUCUCGAAGGGUUCUCGAACAUCGCCAUCCCAAUGAUUCGGAAGUGGAUGGUUAGCCGCAAGUCCAUGGGUACGCAUGUCAACUGGAGAGUCUUCGACCUGGUGGACGGACGGGUCUUUCUGCACAUUUUGCAAAAGCUUCAAUCUAUGAAACUGGCUGUGAAGUUUCAUCAUUUUGAAUAUUAUGACAGAAGAAUCCGCCACCUUGUCGAUGUGGAUAUGGGGCGCCUCCUGUCUCAACAAGACCCCCCGAACGAGCAGCCUGCGUCGAAAGCCGCCCCCAACUUCGAACUCCUCAACAUUGAGCUGAAAAAGACACGCGCCGCCAACCAAGUACUGCCUUUCAGCCAUCCCGUGUUGGACUCGUACUUGGAGGAGAUCUGGCUUGACACCGACGAAGAGUGGCAGCAGUCAUCUACCGGCUCCAAGAUCUUCCAGGAACUCACACACUGGCAUAAUGCGAAGAGGCCGAUCGACGCUAAAGCCCCAAGCAAGCCGAUGGAAUGGCGGGCCCAAAGAAGAAUGCAGAGAUUCAUGGCGGAUACCAUGAAGUAUUCGGCUAGCUUGACUAAUGCUUCUGGCAAGAACAUCGAGCCAGAGCCUAUUGUUGCUCAUGGCACCCGCAACAACGGCCAAGCAGACAACGGAAAAGACGAUGCGGAGGCGAACUCCUGGAAGAAGCAGCUUUCAAAGAAAGACGCCGCUAAAGCAGUCAAGCGCGGCGCAGGAAGUGGAACGAACAAUGCUCGAAAAGCAGUCGAGGAACUCAAGAAUGCCAGACUGGAUUCGAGAGGUGCUGCAGUUGUCACCUUCUUUGCACAGCAAUGCCAGAAUUUCAACAAGAUCCAGUCGCCCGCGAAGAGAUAUCUGAAGGCAAACAGAUACAUGCUGGGUCUUUCGGAUCAAGACAGACAGACAUUUGGGGGAGAGUUAUUGCUGUACAUUUGCGAGACGUUGUUGGAGCUCCUCGGCGAGCCGCCGUUCAUCGCCAAAGAUAUGAGCAUCAUCGCCCUCCUUCGUUCCCAUUUGUCGCUCAUGAAUACCGUGCCUCUUACCAAACCAACAAGGAGGCACCUCGAAUCCCUUGCACGCGCCAUGCGGCUCCCGCCGCCUCCCAGCUCCGAUUCCACAGCCAUCGACCGCCCGAUCCCCUUCGCAAGCAAGACGGCUAUCGCGAAAGAGGUUCUGAAGAGAGGGUUCUUUGAGGAGAGGACAGCUCGCAAGUUCCAGUUGGAGCAUUGCGGCCCGUAUCUGGAACGAAGCUUCGACUCUGCCCCCGAUGGCCGUGUGCCCUUUGCACCAGAUGCCUGGCAGAGAAAGGUGCUCGACGCAAUCGACGAAGAUAAGAGCCUCUUCGUGGUGGCCCCAACUUCUGCUGGAAAGACAUUUAUCUCAUUCUACGCCAUGAAGAAGGUCCUCCAAGCCAACGACGACGACGUUCUUGUAUAUGUCGCUCCUACAAAGGCGCUUGUAAACCAGAUCGCGGCCGAGAUCCAGGGUAGGUUCUCAAAGACGUACCACACCGCCGGCCGAUCUAUCUGGGCAAUCCAUACCCGCGAUUACCGCAUCAAUAACGCGACUGGCUGCCAAGUACUUGUCACUGUUCCUCAUAUUCUGCAGAUCAUGCUCUUGGCCCCUUCCAAUUCCAAGAAGCCAAAUUCUUGGUCUCACAGAGUGAAGCGCAUCAUCUUCGACGAAGUUCACUGCAUCGGUCAGGCCGAAGACGGCAUCAUCUGGGAGCAACUUCUGCUUUUGGCCCCCUGCCCCAUUAUUGCAUUAUCUGCGACGGUCGGAAACCCUCUCGAGUUCAAGGAGUGGGUGGCUGGGACCCAGAAGGCAAAAGGCUUUGACCUUGAGAUGGUUGUCCACUCUGCGAGAUACUCGGAUCUGCGAAAGUUCAUGUACCAGCCCCCAGACAUGGAGCAGUGGAAGUUUGAUGGUCUUGAACCCGUUGAACGUCUUCCCACACCUGGUCUGGAUGUCGACGGCAUUCGCUCCGACCGAUUUGUGUUCGUGCAUCCAGUUGGCAGUAUCGUCGACAAGAGCAAAGACACGUUGAAUGAUAUUAGUCUGGAGCCGCGUGACUGCCUUCAACUCUGGAACGCGAUGAUCGAGUGUGCCAACGAUUCAUAUCCUGUUGACCGCAGACUUGACCCCGCCACCGCCUUACCUGAAGUCAUCAGGAAAUCUGAUGUGGUGGAAUGGGAGGUUUCUCUCAAAGAGCAACUGCACACGUGGAUGGCUGAUCCAUCUUCGCCUUACUCCGACUUGCGCAAGAAAUUUGAUACCUCUUCGAAGCCUAGCACAGAUGUCAAGAAGACCAUCGAAACGACGUUUCCUCUUCUGAUCGAUUUGCGAUCCCGAGGAGCCUUGCCGGCCAUCCUCUUCAACUACGACCGCGUGGGAUGCGAAAUGAUUCUCUCCGAGGUUCUUCAGAGACUGGAGAAAGCAGAGGAGAAGUACCGCACAGAGAGCGCCGAAUGGCACAAGAAGCUGAAGUCUUAUCAAAAAUGGCAAGAUGGCCUCGCAGCGAAAAAGCCAAAGUCCACCAAAGCCUCUGGCAGCCGUCGAGAUGACAAAGAUGACGGCACGGCUUUCGGCAAGUUGGAUCAUGUCCGAGAGGAUUCGAGCCAGGAGGCUAGCCAGUGGGCAAGCUUCGAUCCCUCGGCUCCUAUCGAGCAGUUCAGCUUCGCAGACUCGACAAAGCUUUCGAGAGAAGAGCUCGAGGAGAUGAUUGAAAAUUUGGCAUAUGCCAACAUCAAGAAGCCUAUUUUGACCGCGCUGCGUCGAGGGCUGGGUGUCCACCAUGCGGGCAUGAACAGGCAGUACCGUCAGGUGGUGGAAAUGCUCUUCCGCAAGGGUUUCUUGACCGCCGUCAUUGCAACAGGUACUCUGGCGCUCGGUUUGAACAUGCCAUGUAAGACGGUCGUCUUCGCAGGCGACUCCCCCUUUCUGACAGCCCUCAAUUAUCGUCAAGCGUCGGGUCGCGCUGGUCGCCGAGGCUUCGAUCUCCUCGGCAAUGUCGUCUUCCACGGAAUCCGCCAUCAACGAGCGAUGGAGAUUAUGUCGUCUCGCUUGCCCGACUUGAGAGGCCAGUUCCCGAUGUCUGUCACUCUGAUUCUGCGCCUCUUUGGCCUCUUGCAUGGUACGAACGACUCCGACUUUGCGACAAAGGCAGUCCAAUCUCUUUUGACGCAGACUCGCCUCUUCCUCGGGGGUCCGUCCUCUCAACUGUCGAUCAAGCGCCAUCUGCGUUUCUCGAUUGAAUAUCUCAGAAGACAACACCUUCUAUCUGCCAACGGAGCCCCUCUCAACUUUUCUGGUCUCGUGGGGCAUCUGUACUUCACUGAGAACGCUGCCUUUGCUUUCCACUCUCUGUUGAAAGGAGGAUACCUGCAUGAGCUGUGCGAAGACGUGAACGACAUCAGCAAGCGCAAGGAUAUGCUUCUGGAGCUACUGAAGGUUCUGUGCCAUCUGUUUUGUCGCAUCCCUUGCUUCCGCUUUAUGAACAAGGAAUGGCUCGAGAAGGUCGUUCAUCGAUCCCCAUCUGUUGUCAUCCUCCCCAAGCUCCCGGAAACAGCUGAGCGACUCCUCACUGAUCAUAAUCGAGAGACCCUGAACAUCUUUCUGAUCUACGUCCGGAGCUACAUCAGGAAGCAUCUCAGAAAUGCCCCAGACGAUGUUCUGCCUUUCACGAAGCGACGGGUCCAACCUCGUUGUGACUCCGCCUGGCACGAUAUGUCAGCAAUCAAUAUUCCGAUUCUCCCGGCAACUACCAUCCGAUCCCCAUUCGCGGCACUGUCCGGCUUUGCAGACGAUUUUGAAACCAUUCACGAGUUGUGCGAGACGGUUCGAAGCGGAGUUUUCCUUGAGGAGGAGUCCAUUCCGUACAUCCCGAUUACACCUGCCGAAAUCAACAACGUGCCGUUUAACGCAUACAUCUUGGAUUUCUUCAAGCACGGCGACAUGGAAGCCCUGGUACGUGACAACGGAAUCAAGAGAGGCGACGUGUGGUUCCACCUCAAGGACUUUUCCCUCAUUCUGGCGACAAUCGUUACUAGUCUGGCGAACUUCCUCGACAAGAGUGGUGCCGAGUUUGAUGAUGCAUCGAUGAUUGACGUCAUGGAUGUUGCGGAUAUUAUUGAUGGAGAAGCCGACAACGCGGAAGAUGGAUGCUUCUACGACACACGAACUUCAGAGACCUCUGCGUCAGUCGGUAAGGCCCAGAAACUCAGGCCCAAGCCAAAGCCGAAGAGCGAGGAAGAAGUUCCAGAGUCUUGGAUGGACAGCGGUGGUUCGGAAAACGAUGCUGACGACUCCUCUGACAUGAAUGCCAGCACGGACGAGUCUUCUGGGGACCCUCCCAGCCGGGAUGAAGAUGAUGGAACAGGUUUGGUGAAAGUGUACCGGGCAUUCAGACUCUUGCAGGAGGAGUUUGAUGAGAAAUUCCGCAAGGUCUGGGCUUGA